AUGCCACCAUCGCGCCUGGACGGUCUGUAUCGGUCGCUGCUGUUGACCAAGUUCUUCUGCAAAGGUUGGGGCAAGCCGGAAAAUCUCGAAAGAUUGUUUGCGUUCCGGAAGAUCAUCUCGAAUCGUGCCGCAUGUUCACAGUUGGUGCCGCGCGAUUAUCCGGUAGAAAUUACCAAAGAAGAGCUACACUCGGACUGUAAAAUUUUGGAGGGAAAGUUCCUUUCGCCACUGGAAAUCUACAUGCCCGGUUUGGUGCCGGAUGUGGCACAGAACGCACACUUCCAGAUACUGUUGCCGCUCCGGUGGAACGACGAGCGAUACAAACCGAUCUGUAUCCAUCUGGCCGGUACCGGUGAUCAUUACUACUGGAAACGACGGAAUCUGAUCGCCAAACCGCUACUUAAGGAAGCGAAUCUCGGUGCGAUAAUCCUAGAAAAUCCAUUCUACGGUUUGCGGAAGCCAAAAGAACAGCGUGCGUCCAGUUUGCAAAACGUGUCGGACAUCUUCGUCAUGGGUGGUUGCUUAGUGCUGGAAUCGCUCGUACUCCUGAACUGGUGCGAACGGAACGGAUACGGUCCACUAGGCAUCACCGGUCUCUCGAUGGGAGGACACAUGGCAUCACUCGCCGCAACAAACUGGCCCAAACCGCUUGUACUCGUCCCAUGCCUAUCCUGGUCAACCGCCUCAUCCGUCUUUACCGAAGGCGUCAUGAGCCAUUCCAUCAACUGGGACGUGCUGGAGACGCAAUACUUUGCGGAUGGUAACUUCCGCGAGCGGCUGUCGAAAAUGGUGACCGUAGUGGAUGACGCAUUCGUAGCCGGUAAGCAUUUCAUACAGAACUUUAACCAGUCGGUAGAGGAGCUACGGUUAGACAUAAACGAAACGAAGGAUCUGGUCUGUGGCGAUCCAUCGUCGGACGUCAAUCUGACCGUGAUACGCGAAACGACACCGGAACGGGAGCAGAAACAGUCGAAAAAUCUCAUCCACAUUAAUCGGACGAACGCGCUCAACUUGUCCGAACCGUUGUUGAACAAGCUGCUUUCGAAUGUGCGCUGUGAGCUGACGCAGGAGGAGAUUGAUGAAUUGAAUAUGAAAAUUCAUCUUGCACUGAAGCGCCACACCGAGGAACUGCAGCAGGCGGAAGGAAGUUCAGCAGCCGCUAGCAAGUUGAUAUUGGAGGUGAAAGCAGAAGAGAAGGGUAUAACGACGAGCUCAAAAUCGGUUGGUUCAAAAAUUAUGGAGUACAUCAGCUGGGGCUCAUCAAACUCCUCCUCAACGUCCACAUCGGACGGAGCGCCGGAAGAAAAACGUAUUCCGAUCGAUACGACCAAGCAACGGUGGUGGGAACGGGAAGCGUUACAAUUUAUGCGUGGCAUGAUGGACGAGUGUACGCAUCUGAAGAACUUUUCCGUACCCUAUGAUACUUCGCUUAUCAUUGCGAUUUGUGCGAAGGACGAUGCGUACAUUCCGCGAGAUGGUUGCACCAGUCUGGAAGACAUUUGGCCGGGAGCUGAAAUCCGUUACCUUGAUGCUGGCCACGUCAGUGCGUACGUACUGCACCAGAAGCUGUUCCGGUCGUGUAUUAUUGAGGCGUUUGAAAGGGCAAAGAAAAAGUGGGUCCCCGAAGCUGAACGGCUCUGUGGACAGGUGAACGGUGUGGCAACCGGACCUACGCCCACGAUCGACAAUCUUCCCGAACCGCCGACAAAGCAAGGCUAG